AAAUUCAUUGUAUGACAUUGCAUUUUUAGCGGUGUAUAAUUCAGAGACAAAGUUUUCCCCUAAAAUUUGAGUUGUUUUUCGCGAAAUCAAACACAAAACCACACAAAAAUGGACAGAUUACUGAGAUUGGGAGGCGCCAUGCCCGGAUUAAGCCAAGCACCGCAGCCAAAUGACGCUCCAGUCGUCGAUACAGCCGAGCAAGUUUACAUUUCCUCCUUGGCUCUCUUGAAAAUGCUGAAACACGGGCGAGCUGGAGUCCCCAUGGAAGUUAUGGGCCUCAUGUUGGGUGAAUUCGUUGACGAUUACACUGUGCAAGUCAUCGAUGUCUUCGCCAUGCCCCAAACAGGUACCGGAGUCUCUGUCGAAGCUGUCGAUCCGGUAUUUCAAGCGAAAAUGUUGGAUAUGUUGAAGCAAACGGGACGUCCCGAAAUGGUAGUUGGAUGGUACCAUUCCCAUCCGGGUUUCGGUUGUUGGUUAUCUGGCGUCGACAUCAAUACGCAGCAAUCGUUCGAGGCGUUGAGUGAACGUGCCGUCGCCGUUGUCGUCGAUCCCAUCCAGUCGGUCAAGGGAAAAGUCGUUAUUGACGCCUUUCGCUUAAUUAACCCGAAUAUGCUCGUGUUGGGACAAGAACCGCGACAAACAACGUCGAAUUUGGGACAUUUACAAAAGCCUUCCGUGCAAGCGUUGAUUCACGGCUUGAACAGACACUAUUAUUCCAUCAGCAUCAAUUAUCGCAAGAACGAGCUGGAACAAAAAAUGUUGCUUAAUUUGCACAAAAAGACCUGGAUGGAUGGUCUCAUGUUGGCAGAUUAUCAAGAACAUUGCAGCGUUAACGAAACGACAGUCGCUGAGAUGUUGGAAUUGGCGAAGAAUUACAAUAAGUCCUUGGAAGAUGAGGAAAAAAUGACGUCAGAACAGCUCGCCAUCAAGAAUGUCGGAAAACAGGACCCGAAACGUCAUUUGGAGGAAAAAGUGGACAAAGUUAUGAGCAACAACAUCGUUCAAUGUCUCGGUGCAAUGCUCGACACUGUCGUAUUUAAAUAAGAAAUGUAACUUUUUUUUUCGUUUGAAAAUAAAUCCUCUCAAUUUAAUUAUUCUUA